AUGUCUGGCUCAGCCCCUUCAGUAUUUCCUGUCCCCGCCCAGGUUUAUGUUCGCUUGCGCCCCCCCAAUGUAUCUACAGCUGCAUCUGUCGGGGGCCCUCUCUAUUCUGUUGACUCAGAGAAUUCUAUUUCAGUCGAGUUGCCAGAUGCAGCAGAAACCCAAACAGCACAAUCUCCAGAUAGACCCCCCUCAGAUCCAUCUGCUUCCUUUCGCGUCAGUGGCAAGGUUUUCGAUGCAAAUACGGGAAAUACUGCACUUUAUGUCAAUACCCUCCAGCCUCUUGUCCUCUCAUCUACGGAAGGGAUUAGCAGUUUGGUAAUCGCUUACGGGACUUCUGGCAGCGGGAAAUCGCAUUCUCUCUUUGGGUCUCUUCAAUCCCCAGGAUUGAUAUUUUCUGCUCUUUCCGAUCUCUUUUCCCACAUUGCCUCUUACAACAAUUCCGUGUCUGCCUCUGCAAAACCCGUACCUUCUGCCAUUGCAAACCUGCCGUGGGCAGGGCCCCCCGUGGGGGCCACCAAACCGUAUUCUGAGGGCCCCCAUAAAGCGCCCUUGGAACACUCCCCCGGUGGACACUCUACGAACCCUUUUGGCGGUACUUCAAGGGAGUAUUCUCCAGGCCCCUCUGAGGGGACUUCUACGAAGCUUUCUGGGGGUCCCGUCGGGGGCUCCUCUGAUUUACAACCCAAAGGUUCUUGUAAAUGCCCCUGCGCGGAGGCGGGGGUACUGGGUUGCGAGUUUAGUGUCUGUAUUUCGAGUGUAGAGAUUCGGGGGGAAGAAGUAGGGGAUCUGUUGGGCGGCUGCGAGGGGCUUUAUUGGCCAGGACAGCGGCUUCCGCCUGUGGAUCUGAGGGCCUCACUGGCGCAUGGAAAUUCAAGAGAAGGGCAUGGGCUCUUCAGACAAGUUGAUGUCGCUACAUUGGAAGAAGCUGUGCAGGUCGUGGCCAGAGCUGCUGCCUUCAAGAAGGCGAGAGACCUUGCUUUGGGCAGCGAGGGGGCGAACUUUCUCCUCAGACUCUCUGUGGAGCGCGCAUAUUGCCUCAUUUGCCCACAGCACUCCCCUGCAACAGAAGCAGCUACAGCAGACGGGAAAUCGACGGGGACAAUGCAAGUAGACGAAAAUAGACACACAAAGACUGCAGAUCCAAAGAAUGCAGUUACAGUUCUGAAGGCAGAUAUUACCUUCUUCGAGGCAGCGGGAGUAGAGACACUCCUUCACCAGCCCUCAGGCAGAGCAGUAAACAGAAGCUUAUUUUAUUUGACAGAGUGUCUGCUGCGACUGUCGGAAUCCCCUGAAUAUUUAGAUUCCUUUGAUUGGGGAUCAUCUGCAGCGACAAGUCUCCUACGAAGUUGUGUUGAGGGGCCAAGCGCUCUGCUGCUGCUGACGCCCCUUAGCCCCUGUCCUGAGGCACUCCCUCCGUCUCUCGCUGUCUUGCGCCUAGCCAAUGCUGUGUCCAACAUAUGCAGAAAUGUCCAGAGACAAUUCAUCCAGCCGCAGAAAUCUCGGCUGUUCCUGCUGCACCGCUUGGUGCUACGGGAGACAGAAGCCCUUUUUCUUGGUGUCUCAUUGUUAAGGAGACACCAGCAGCUCCUGCGCCUAAAGAGGCAAAACGAAUGGUGGCUCCCAACAACGGAAGAGAGGCUACGGGAUGUCGGAGAAAGGAGAGAAAAGCUCAAGCAACUCCAGGACAAGGCAAGUAUUUUUGAGGCAAUUCUUGUGGGGGGGGAGGGAGACUGGCGACUGCUCGAGGGAUCUCGGGUUGUUCGCCUGUGCCGCAUGCUGGAGCUUCUGCAAGGCAACAACAACUUGUUUAGUCUUGCUCUGGCUGAAGAAGCUCCUAUGGAAGAUCCGUGCCAGCUUAAAAUGCUUCCUGUGGGGCCCCCGAAGGCCCCCAAGACCCGCAAAGCUAGCCCUACACCCCCUAAUGUUCCACCGAUCUCCCUCAAAACAAAAGACAAACCCGUGCAGUUCACGCCGAUUGCCGAGGUGCCUAUACACCUCUGGGCAUCUGCAAAACCAGCGGCAGCAAAAGAAGCCAGGGAUGACCCCAUUAACCUCACGGCCCUCCACUUCGGAGAAGAUGAAGAGGAAUCCCCCUACGCGGGUGAGGUUCCCCACUACCCUGGUGAAAGGCCCAACUACACUGAAGGGGGGCCCCCGUAUCCUCCACAAGGGUUCGGUUCCGCAGCUAUUCGCCGUCUAUUUAGCAACGAACAUCAGGAGGGAUCCUCUCCUGGCGAACAUACACCACAAGCAAGUGGAGCAACGGGACCCCCGAGCGACGGUGAGACGGGCACUGAGCAAGGGCUCCCCCAGCAGAGGCGACAUAAAGAAAGUCUUCAGAGGGAAGCGCCGAGGUGCCCCGACGAUCCUGCCCUGGAAUUCCUCCCCCAUCAGAGCGGAAGCUCCACCCCUAUGAAUUGUAUGGCCCUUGCUGCAGCAGAGACAGCAGCAGCAGCAGUUGCAACAGCAGCAGCAGCAGGUGGGUUCCCUGGAAAUGGGUGUAGGCAGCCUGCAGAGUCAUGUGCUAACCAGUUAGGAGUCGGUGCACUGGAAGAGGAGUUGGAGGGCGCCGCCUGGGGGCAGCUGCCUGCUGCGGGUCCCCCGUCCCCUCUUAGUGUUCCAGACAACUAUGCAAUGGAACGCCAAGGUGUCUCCCCCCCUGCAACUCCUCUCUCUUUAGAGUCCGAAGCAACACAGGAAGGAGACGCUGAGGGGGAGCACCAAAGGCUCUUCUUCAAAGUCCAGCUGAGACUGAAGGCGUCGCCUCCUCUCGCGCAAGGGUCACCCAAGAGGGCUUCCCCAGAAAGGCCGCAGCAGCAACAGCAGCAGCAGCUGGUCGUACACUGCAUUGAAGAAAUUGACCACGAAAACCGCCGGGCAAACGCGAACCUGUUCACCCCACGCUUCAGCACAAAGGGAGACGGGAACGGAAAUAAUCCCCUCCAGGUGGCUUCCAAAGGCCACCUCCCCUCAACAUCAACAGGCCCCCACACAAGCAGCAGCAGCAGUAGCUCGCCUAAUGGUGGGAAGGACAGUAGCAAGGGCUGCAGCCAACAGGGGCUUCCAGAAGAAGGCAGGACGAAACUCUUGAGAGAUGCCACUGCACUUCGGAGCGAAGUGUUAAGCCUUAUACAGGACAGUCCAACGGAGAAACCUUGGGGGGCCCCUCGGUUCCGCAGAUCUCCUACCCCUAAACGGGAUCCCUGCCCUUCACCUCCCAUUCACUGCAGCAACAGUGAGAGAGAAGUGGCCCCAUGCCAGCCUGCUGGCUACAGAAACUCCCGUGAGGGUUCUUCUGAGGGGCGGCCGAACACUCGAGUCAUUGGCCCCCCACAGCAUCACAGCAGGCAAAGUGUGCAAACUCCAGACUGGGGGUCCCCACAGGGCCCUGGAAGUGCGAUAUGGGAAGGUGGGGUCCCUGCACCCAACCUUUACUGCGUGCAUGCCCACGUGCCACUGUCUCCUUCCAAUGUUGCUUCUCCCUGCUGGGGCCCUUCAGCUCAUCAGGGAGCCCCCAGCCCUCAACACGGAUGCACGCAGGUUAUUCAAAUGCCAUGCGCCUUCCCUCCGAGUCCUUGGGACCCCCCAGCCACCUCAGUGCGAAAGGUGACCCGGAGCAAGGACCGUCCCGCCGCCUGCAUGCAACAGCGGGCCGCUGAACACCAGCAGACAGCUCGGGAUGCUCAAGUGGCAGGCCUCUCCAGGGAGCCCCCCAAAAUCCCUCAGUUGACUGAAGCCGAUCGCCGGUUGCCGCACUUUCGAGCUGGGAAAGGGGGGGCCUCCUGGGAGGUCCCUGCCUCUCGUUCUGGUACAGCUGCAGCCCGAGUUGCAGCAGCGGGUGCAAAAGCAACAGGAGCAGUAACAGGAGAAGACGAAGGCAACAGCUUCUGCCUGCCGGAGGAACCAACGUGGCGAUGCAGGCCUGCAGACAGCAAGAGCGACCUGCUGCUCCAGAGUUCAUUGAGGCCAUGGACGCGGAGGGGACGUUCCCCUGCCUCUGCUUCGGUUCCGGCUGUGGCUCAUCGCGGAAAGGAAAGGGCGAAAGGCCCCACUGCUAGUCAGAGCAGAACACCAGCACGAGAGGCCGGUAAGGGCUCUCUUGAGCCAGCGAGGGGCCCCCAUCCAGCAGCGCAUGCAGCACGCCCGCCUCAAACUGUACCUACGUUUCAAGCUGCUCAUAGACGACAAACUGCACGUGCAAUCCCACAUGGGAUGCCUUUGCCCCACGCUGUAUAUACACCCCAACCUCUCGGCUUUCCUGGGCACUUCAGGGCCCCCAUCUUUGUCCCCUCGAUUGCAAGGGGCGCUGGGGCCCCCUUGGUGCCCCCAAAACCCUAUGAGCUGCAGUUCAAGGGCCAGGCAGUGCUAUGUGGCGGCAGCAGCGACAGGAGCAGCUCCUCAGGGGGGCCACCGUCCACUGUGAGAUCCUCGGCACCUACAGAAAGAGGAGAUUCUGAUGGAAUAGACAGUCAGAAGGAGAUUCCCCGGAGCAGCGCGCAGCCCGUGGCAUCACCUGCUGCAGCAGCAGCACUUUUUGCAACACGUGCUGCUGUACCAAUAACUGCAGCACCACAAAAUGAUCUCACCCCCCCCGCCGUCACGGGGGCCAUCCUGCAGGGCCGUGGUACUAGUGCAACGAUCGGCCCACAACCGAGCCCUCAUGAGCAGCAGCAUGCGCAGCAGCGAGUGCCCCAGCAGCAGCAAAAGCAGCACCACCAGCAGCAAAUUCAGGAGCAGCAACAGCAGCAGAACUUGCAGCAGCAACAGCAGCAAUCGAACAAGCAAUCGCACCAGCAGCAGCAGCAGCUCUUGCAGCAGCAGCAUUUGCAGCAGCAGAACUCGCAGCAGCAGCACUUGUACCAGCAGCACUUGCAGAACCAGAACUCGCACCAGCAGCACUCGCAGCAGCAGCACUUGCAGCCGCAGCACUUGCAGCAGCAGCACUUGCAGCAGCAGAACUCGCAGCAGAAGCCAACUGAACGACGAGUAGAAGAUGACAGAGCUUCCGGGGCUCGGGGGCUUCCGUCUAUUGUUGGCGAACCCCCUUCUCUGCAUGCAUCGAACAGCAUAUCUGAGUCAGUCUCCAGGCCCACUGUUGCUGCAGCACGUUCUGCAUGCAUUUCCGAGAGGGUUCCCGGUUCUCUGGGGGCUCCCAGCUAUCCUCAAACAGGAGGCGUAUCCUCUCGUGAAGCUGCUGCAGGCGGCCAAGUGAUUCCCUCUGUAGGUCGGGCUGCUUCUCCGGUCUCCACUUACCGUCAAGAGGGUGCUGGGCUCCCUUCAAACCCUGCAGCAUACCGUGCAGCAUCAUAUCGUCCGGAUCUUCAUUCUCCUGCUCCCACCACUACCAGUUGUGAAGGGCGCAUCGGGGGGCCCUCUGAAGCCUCUUGCCGCACCUCUGCACCUUGGAGCCCAGCAUUUUCCAAGGGCCCCUGGGGUCCCUGUGGGGACGGCAGCGGAAACCUCACCAUUGCGACUUGCUGGACUCCUCGGCCCCCCGUGCCCCCGUUGCCUGCGCGAAUUGUUAAUAUUGUGAAGAGAACCCGUGACGGCAUCGCCGCCGACUUCGCGCUGGAUAGCGAGAAGCGCAGAACCGUGUACCCUCCAGAAAAGCCUCUCAACAUCCCUUUGCCUUCCUAUGGCCAAGGGGGCCAGGCUUCAGGCAGCGGGGCAUAUUAUCUGCCGUAUGAAAGAGGCUGUGUAAACGAAGCUGCAACAGCGGACGCUGUCACAGCAACAGUAUGGGAGGAGGCAGCUGCCAGGGGCCGUUCUCGUACUCUAGGGCCUCAGCAAGCUUGGGUCAAGCCUGUCUUCUUCCCUGGGGUCCCACAAGGAGAAUGGGCCUCGCACCCCAGCUCGCGACCUGAGGCGCUGUCAGCGGACCCCCAUAUGCGCCAUCCAACUGCGUCUGCGUGGGGGCCCCAUGGAGCCCCUUCCAUGCCGCAAGGAGCGGGGUCCCCAACGGUCUUAUCUUCUUGGGGACCUCAAAGAGCUGGCUCAGGCAGUGGCCCAACAGAUAAAUGUAGGGGCCUCCCGAGGGGCCAGCGAAGCUGUUCGGUAGGGCCAUCGCAUGCUCCUGUCCGUGGGUCCGCAGCAGUUCGAACCAGCAGCAGCUCCGCAGCCGUUAAUGCUGCUUGUGCAAAUGGUCAUGAAGAGGUUCGGCAAGGCGAUUCGGUGCCGAUGGUUCCCGCUGUAAGUACACAGGAGGACAUAGAUGCGAAUUGUUUUGAAGAUUGUUUGGCGCUGCUGAAUGCUAGGGUCGGGCGUGCGUACCACAGGAGACCCCAUCUUCCUCCAGGCCAAACCCUUGCGGCUCCCCCUCCCUGCCCCUUUAGACGCAGGAGGAGUGCUUCUCGCGCCGCCAACAGGGGAGCAUCAGCCCCGACUGUCGCUGCAGCCAAGCGCACAGGAGACACGGGGGGGAGCUGUGUAGCCCCACGCGGCUGCGAACUGACGGUCUCCUGUGGUGUGGGGUCUCCGCAAGACUGA